AUGAUGCCGUGCUUCAACGUCCGCGUGGGCCUGGUCGUUCUCCUGGGCCUGCUGCUGAUCGUGGUCAAGCGCCGCGACGCGUGCCCUGGAUACGACGCGAUGGACAAUUGGUGGAUGCCUCAGCAGUGUCUUCCCCAGGGCCUGGCGCUGCACGGCGAGCCCCAUCGGUAUCCUUCGCUGACGGCGCGCGGCCAGGAUCAGGCACGAUUGGCAGACCUCAUCCAGCUCCUCCGCGCCAAUGGUGACGCGGAGAUGGCAGCCAAGUAUCAGUCGAAACUGGACUUGCUCAAUCAGCAGAAGGCAGUUGAGAACAUCAGCGUCGGCCAGGCGAAGCAGAAGGUGGAGCAAGCGGAGGCAGCCCUCCGCAGGGCCAUCACCUACUGCGAGAAGCUGGAAGAACAAUUCGUCACGGCCCAAGACCAAGUUCAGUCCUGUUCGGAAGCAGUGGACUAUGCCCGCAGCAUCUACAAGCAGGCGGUCCAGAAGCUUGCAAAGACGGUGGACACGAAACUGCCUGACAGCGCCGACGCUCCUGCUGCCCCUCGUCUCGACUUGGCCGCAAUCCUGGAUGGCAAGCCCCUGGACCUCGACGACGGAGGCCGAUUUGGACCCGAUGCGCUGGGGGAAUUGGCAUCGCCCGAGGACCUGGCGGAGGCUCAGAAGAGGAAAGAGGCCCUUCAGGAGAAGUUUCGGGAACUGGCUACCGUCUGUUUCGGGCAGGCCAAG